AUGCCGAGCUCACCGAUAGAGGAAGCAUCUGGACCGCUGGCGGCCGACACGUUUGACGAUGGCGACUCCGCCAUCUCUAAUCCUGUCUCGGCUGGUCUGACUUCUCUGCGUUCGAGCGUCCUCAGAUUCCAAGAGGAAAAUGGGCGUACUUAUCAUAACAUGAGCAGCGGGAAGUAUUAUCUCCCAAACGAUGAGAGAGAAAAUGAGCGACUUGACCUGACCCACAAUUUAUGGUUGCUGUCGCUGCGCGGCGAGCUUGGUCUCUCACCUAAGGCGAUGCAAGGGGCGAAGCGGGUUCUGGAUGCCGGGACGGGUACCGGGAUAUGGGCGAUUGAGUACGCCGACCAACAUCCGGAGUCUGAAGUGAUCGGCGUCGAUCUGAGCCCUAUCCAACCAUCAUUGGUUCCGCCAAACUGCGCUUUCGAAAUCGAUGAUCUCGAGAAGGAAUGGACGUGGUCACAGCAGUUUGAUCUCAUUUUCUCCCGUUACAUGACUGGGUGUCUCGCCGAGCCAGAGGAUUUUGUGAAAAAGGCCUUCAAUAACCUGGAACCCGGCGGCUACCUCGAGAUGCAAGAUAUUCUACUUCCAUAUGAGUCCGACGACGGCACACUAACAGAGGACAACCCUCUGCGCCACAUCUCUCAGCUUUGUGUCGAUGCCGGCAACGCGGCAGGCCGUCCGUUCACCCUACCGCUUAAAUACAAGAGGUACCUCGAGGACGCUGGGUUCGUCGAUGUCGUAGAACGUCAGCUGAAGUGGCCCCUCAACACCUGGCCCAAGGAUAAGCACUACAAAGAGAUCGGAGCCUGGACGCAGGAGAAUCUUCACAGCGGAAUCGAGGGAAUCUUGGUCGCUCUGUUCACUAGGUAUCUAGGCUGGACACAGGAUCAAGUCACGCUCGCCGCUCUUAAGUUCAGGACGGCGCUGAAGGACCGCAACACGCAUGGUUACAUUCCAAUCUAUGUUGUGUAUGGCCGAAAACCUGAGGAGCCAGAGUCGUCGUGA